GUGGAUUUCAAAAUGGUGAGAAAGCUAAAAUUUCACGAAAAGAAGCUCUUGAAAAAAGUAGACUUUAUUUCAUGGAAAAGCGAUAAUAACCUCCGUGAAGUGAAGAUAUUACGAAAGUAUCAUAUCCAAAAGAGGGAGGACUACACUAAAUAUAACAAAGUUUGCGGAAUGGUAAGAUCUCUUGCCAACAAAAUCAAACACCUCGAUGCAAAAGAUCCAUUCCGAGCCGAAGCUACCGAGCAGUUAUUGGAGAAACUUUACUCACUUGGAUUGAUCACGACUAAAAAGAACUUAUCUUUGUGUGAAAAGCUGAGUUCAUCGGCUUUCUGUCGUCGAAGGCUUCCAGUUGUGAUGGUGCGAUUGCGAAUGGCUCAAGCAGUAAAAGAUGCUGUGAAAUACAUUGAACAAGGACAUGUUCGAGUCGGACCAGAAGUUAUCACGGAUCCUGCUUUCCUUGUGACAAAGAACAUGGAAGAUUUUGUGACGUGGACAGACACAUCGAAGAUAAGGAAACAUAUCAUGGAAUACAAUGAUCUUAGGGACGACUAUGACUUUUCAUGAAAACAAACAACAUUCUUCAACUUAGU